CGCCCUUGGGCCGGCCCCGCGCCGCAGUCCGUUUUGCUGGAGGCGCGCGCCGCCAUUCGAGCGGUGCAUGUGCGGCAAUAGCACGUCUGUCCUGCUUCCUGCCACCGUGCCCGCCAUCCGGAGAGCCACCGCCGCGGUGAUUUUCCUGCAUGGAUAUGGAGAUACAGGGCAUGGAUGGGCAGAAGCCUUUGUGGGUAUCAGAAGUUCACAUAUCAAAUACAUCUGCCCACAUGCACCAGUUAGGCCUAUAACAGUGAAUAUGAACAUGGCUAUGCCUUCUUGGUUUGAUAUUUUUGGGCUUUCACCAGAUUCACAGGAGGAUGAACCUGGAAUUAAACAGGCAGCAGAAAAUGUAAAAGCUUUGAUAGAGCAAGAGGUGAAGAAUGGCAUCCCUUCUAACAGAAUUGUUUUGGGAGGAUUUUCUCAGGGAGGAGCUUUAUCUUUAUACACUGCUCUUACCACACAGCAGAAACUGGCUGGUGUCACUGCACUAAGUUGCUGGCUUCCACUCCGGGCUUCAUUUCCACAGGGUCCUAUCAGUGGUGUUAAUAGAGAUAUUUCUAUUCUUCAGUGCCAUGGAGAUUGCGAUUUUGUAGUUCCCCUAACGUUUGCUUCUCUUACUGCCGAAAAGCUAAAAACAUUAGUAAAUCCAGCCAAUGUAACCUUCAAAACCUAUGAAAGCAUGAUGCACAGUUCAUGUCAACAGGAAAUGAUGGAUAUCAAGCAUUUCAUUGAUAAACUUUUACCUCCAGUUGAUUGAUGUCACCAAGAGGCCUUGUGUAGAAGUGCACACCAGCAUCGUUACAGUAGCGUAUAAACCUUCUCCCGUGCCCAAUCUUGAAACUUUUAAUGUUUGCGGUGUUAAAAUGUUUUGCAAAUACCCACCGGUGACACAGAGUACAUAGCAUCUCCUUGUGGGAAAUAUGGUCUUUUAAGUUUCUAUACAUGUAUUUGUAUAAUAUGGUUCAGAAUAUACUAGUAUUAAAAUAAGUGAAGCAUCUAAGCUUCUUUUUCCCAAAUGUAAUUCAGCAAAAUAAUAAAAUAUUAUAACCAGAUUUUUUAUUACAUCAUUUGAAAAUUAUUAGUAUGCUUAAUGAAAAUUUGUUAGGUAUCAAUGAACAGUAAGAUAUAAAUGAUUUAUGCAUGCUGUGACUUAGUCUUUGGACUUACUCCAAAAUUACUUAGUCACCAUGCAUUAUCUGUAUUUUUAUAUAUGUAUUCGUUAUAUACUUAAUGAUUGUAAUACAUAAUAAGGAUGAGAUGUUAACUACAUUUUCCCAAACAAUAGGGAUAAUGCUUCUAAGAUCAGUAAAGAGUAAUAUUCCUCUCUUCAGUUAAUGGCCCUUUUAUUUUGGGGACCAGGCUUUACUUUCCCUGAUGAUUUCUGUUUAAUAUUUUUUUCCUCUCCAGAAAUGUGUUUUUUUUUAAUCUUUCAUAACAGACCAGAUAUUGCCUCCUUGCCAUAGACAUCUGCUGCCAAUACAUGCUGUAAUUUGAUAUUCUGAAUCACAGAUUUGAUGGUAUCUAAAGUGUAGUUACACUUAUAUAAAGAAACUUUUAAACUUCCUACACUACUUAUUUCUUAAACUGCACCUUAAUCCAAAGUUAGACCUAUUUAGUUAUUAGAAUCUUUGAUUUAGAUAAUGGGAAUAAUUCUGUGAUUAUUUUUUCUGUAAUUAACUGAAAGAAUAAGGUCAUAUUUCUAGUAUGUUCUGGAAUAUUUAAGACAGAUCUUAAAAACCAAUUUCUAAGAUGAUUUGCUCUAAAAUGAUUGUCUUCGUAGCAUAGUUUUAGUUUACUUGUACAUGUGUUUGAAACCAACUACCAUAGAAAAUGAACAGUCUAUUAGAAAAAUUUGCUUUAUUUUUAUCUGCCAACGGACUUAUUUGAAAACUUCACUUUAGUCAGAUGGGUUUAUUUUAAUUUUUGUGCAAACAUAAAAGUAGCAAUUACUUGAUUUUAGGUAGUUGAAUUUUUCAGAUUAAUGGUAAAAAUUACUGGAAAACAAAUUUAUGGGUGACGGAGAUUAAUCACAACUCAAUACAUAUGAUGUGGACUGUAUAGAAUGUUAAUAAUGAAGCCAUAUGUUUAUGUCUGGAUUUAAAUGUUUUAAACAUUUACUAAGUCAUUUUGCUUUACCUUGAAGAAUAUAAAUUGUUAUUUUAGUUAUACAAAUCAGCAAAAUCUAAUUUAUGGCAGGAAAUAUUCCGUUGAAAUGUUGUGCUAUAAUAUGGGAAAAUGUAAAUCUUUUUCAUGAUUUCUACCAAUGUGGAAUAUACAAAUCAGCAAAAUCUAAUUUAUGGCAGGAAAUAUUCCGUUGAAAUGUUGUGCUAUAAUAUGGGAAAAUGUAAAUCUUUUUCAUGAUUUCUACCAAUGUGGAAUAAAAUUUUAAUUUUGA